CACUACUGAACGGGUGUCGACGUGAACGUCGGUGAGCUGUGAACGGACAUUACCGGGGAAUGUAAAAUCUAAUUUAAUGCGCCUGCUUCCUUUGGCCGCGUGCAUCGAAGCGACAGGUGGUUGCAGAGUGAUAGAAAAUAUGUGAUGGCAGAUCUGGCAGGCGAGUCAAGUCUGAGCAGACGGUCUACUGCACUCUGAACCAAUUGGAUGCCACAGGACCACUGAGUUUGGACAGCAUGGAUUUCCCCAACUGGACAGAAUGGGUGUACGCCACAAACAGCAGCAGCUACGACACACUCGAGACUGCAAAACUCCCUCCCAGUAAAAUCCUACUGUCUCUCACUCUUUCUGCUGUGGCCGUCCUAACUACCUUCUUCAACUGCCUGGUGAUUACAGCUAUAGCAGUCACUCGCAAGCUGCAUCACCCAGCCAACUACCUCAUCUGCUCAUUAGCGGCGACUGACCUGCUGGUGGCUGUGCUAGUCAUGCCCUUCAGCAUCAUCUACAUCCAGAAGGAGAGAUGGGUCAUGGGUGAAGUGGUGUGCACCAUCUGGCUAAGUGUGGACAUCACCUGUUGCACGUGCUCCAUCCUGCACCUUGCUGCUAUCGCGAUUGACCGUUACAGGGCCAUCACUGAUGCUGUGGAGUACUCUCGCAAGCGCACAGGGGCCAGAGCUGGCGCCAUGGUGGCAAUCGUUUGGUUCUUGUCCAUCCUCAUCUCCCUCCCUCCGCUCCUGUGGCGGCACUACAGCAAUGAUGCAGAGCACGAGGACCAGUGUAUCAUAAUUCACCAUCAUAUGGCCUUCACUCUUUAUUCCACACUUGGAGCUUUUUACAUUCCUCUUCUGCUCAUUCUCAUUCUCUACUACAAAAUCUACAAGGCUGCCCAGACUCUCUACAUGCGCAGGGAGGCUAGCAGAGCUAGCCGCCACUCGUGCAUGACCAAUGGGAGCAUGAUCCCUUCGUCGUACCCCACUGGAGACGGUGACGUCGACGGUGGGCCACGAAGUCCCGAGCCCAUCAGCCCACAUGAAAGAUCGUUUUCGGAACUCUCUACCGAGGAGCAUCCUCGCGAAAAGGUGCGGAUCUCAAAAAAGGAUUUAAAAAGCAAGUCCCGCAGACAUGAGUCCAACAGUGAGUCCCGUCGCAGCCAGUUCUACCAAGGACCCCGGAUUUCAGGCUCACGGGAACGGAAAGCGGCAUCUACUUUGGGAUUGAUAAUAGGGGCCUUCGUCAUCUGUUGGCUGCCGUUUUUUGUCAAGGAAGUCAUCGUCAACACCUGCAGUUCAUGCAACACUUCCAUGGAAAUGGCUGACUUCCUUACGUGGUUGGGAUAUGUUAACUCCUUGAUCAACCCCCUCAUCUACACUAUUUUUAAUGAGGACUUUAAAAAAGCUUUCCAAAGACUUAUUAGGUGUAGUCAUUACUACUGAUUACAACUAAUUACUGAGGUAUGCAUGCUCUAACCCACACACCAUCAAACAUACACAGAAGAGAAGCAAAUCUUGAGGUUAUAGAGUGUUGAGAGUGAGUACUGACCCAAUGUGCCUGAAAAGAAUCAAAGAGGAAAGAAAGACUAUUGUCGAUUUUUGACACUCCAAUCAUUAUUUUUUCAUCUUACCUGUGUGCUUUCUAUAGUUCCAUUUGAAUUCUAAGCUCUCCUUUUAUUAAAAAUCCUCUUAAAGUUAAGUUGCUUUAAAUGGAACCUGGCUUGUUGUUUUCUAGAAAUUGGGCCACUUCUGACCAUUUUUGAGUUCUGAAAUCUAAGCAUUGGGGAUCAGCUCCAUUUAAAAGUCUUGAAAUAGCUGACCAUCAUGCCUGUUUUUUCUAAUGACAUCUCCUGUUAGAGUACACUGCGGGGUAGAUUAUGGAGCCUCUAUGGAAAGACACCAAAGCUUACUAAAUCAUUGUUUUAUCUGGCCAUGACAGCCUAGAGGGUCACUUUCAUUUAACUGUCUCAGCAUUCAUUAACAUAAGUACAUGUUGUAUAUAUUGAUGUCAGUUCAGCCAAGCAGCACAGCAAAUAUGAAAUGUACUUCUGGCUCAAGCUUCUUGUUACGUAAUGAUAAUGGCAUUGUUAUGUCUUAAAUUGUUUCACUAUCUACAUGUGAUAAAGAAACGGUGGGGCUUUCAAUAAUUUUAUGAUGCCUGCUUCAGACAACGUGCUUGGAAUGAGCUGCUGAGAAAGUAGUUAAUGUCCUUGGAGAGGCAAGUCCUGGCAGACUUUUAGAAAACAACUUUGAGCAGCUAUUUCAAGUUAACUGAACCAGGCCUUUCAUCUAAAAAGAACCAUGACUGGGAUUAUAGGGCAUGCAUCUCCAAUCAUAGAAGAUCAGAAAUACUCAAAAGUGUGAUUUUUUUUUUUCCUUUGAAAAACUCUUAUUAGCAAGAACACAAGUUUACAUUGCACUGUCUUCAGUCAGUGCUCCUUGAUAGAAUAGUAAAGGGAGUACCAAUAAACUAAGGCCAUGAUAAUGAAUUAUAUUUUGUUUUCUAUGUGUGAUUUAGGAGAGAAAAGUAGUCAGAUAUACUUAUUUUAAAGGUUCUUAUAAACGGUAUAAAAAUAUAAUGGAAUGUAUGUGUUGUUAUGACAAUGUCUGAUCUGUUCCAAGUAGGCCAAUCUGAAACACAAAAUCUAUACAGAAUACUCAAAGGAGUCAAAUGGACAAUCCUUUUACCACUUUUGAAAAAUACAAAUACACUAGUGAGGUUUUUCUUUAUUGCUUUGAGUAAAAACCCCCAUUGAUUGAUUGAUUGAUUUGGUUUAUUUCAAGCAUAGACUGUAGACAAUACAAGACAAAAAAAUCACUUUUUUCAUAUGUGAUUCAACAUAAAUAAGAUUAACUAAUACGAUUGAAAGUGAGAUGAAAGGAGAAGAGAUUUCUGAUAUUUCUUUUCAUUUUGCCUUGCAGUCUAAUCAUCUUUGCCAUCUGCACUGAGUAACACACAAACAGGCUUUAGGAUCUUGUGGUUUUCAGGAAAACCUGUUGAUAGAAGGGAAUGAACCAUGGACAUUUGCUUUUAUUAAUUUUUCUUAAAGAGUAAGUUUAUUUUUUUAUGUCUGAGAUCUAGAAAAAAAGUAAUAUUUUAACCUAACCCCUACAUUCUUUUCAGAAUUUAAUGAUUUUUAAUAAUUACAUUGCUGCCUCUUUAUUUGAGAUUUUUAGCUCCAUUAUGAAUAUUUGAAUUAUUAUUAUUAUUAUUAAUAUUGUAAAAUCAAUGUGUUACCUCCAUUCUCUCUGUAUGGAAGUUUGGAUUUUUCCACAUCUCACUUUAAAACCCUCAAGUGAAAACAGAUUACAGGGACUUAAGUGACAACUGCAUACGACGUCACAUGCAGCUAAUCUGAACCUGACUGCCUUUGUCGGAGUGGGGACUAAUUAAAACAUGACAGGCACAUUGCUUAUGAGGUCUAAUCUCUCACUCUCAUCAUCAGAACGGGAAAAGACUGCCAACACAAGACUGUCUUAAACUUUAAUGCGUUUGAAUUUAUUGAUGCUUUUACUUUGGUUUCAAGAACUGCCAAAUGUGAGGUAAACUCAGCCGGCGAAAGUCACUCAAGGAGACUUUUUCAGCUCGCUGUGACACAGCUAGAAUGUUGUGUCGAUACCUUAUGGUAGCAAAGAUACAUGUUUAGAAGAACCAUAGCUAUAGAAGGUGCUUUGGAGACUGCAUGACACUCACACUCGAAGGCUGGUGUCUGAGCUGGGCCCCGACCAGCCUCUUCCCAGUUUAACCCCUGUCAUCUCUCAUGGCAAUACUUUAAAAUUUUAUGAUAUUGUCUGUGCAUGCUUAUAGCAACAUGCUAUAUUAUUGUUUCUACCACUACCUCCUUUUAUGGCUCUAUAACCACCAUAAAAUUCAACAUUUUAUUGUUUUCUUAGAUAUGUAUUACACAUUUGGAUCUACUGUGUUUAUUUACCUUUAUUUUGAAGUAUGUAACAUUCCCUUCUUCCUUAUUCUCAAAACAACUAAGCUCUGAAAAACUCUCUGACAGAAAAUACACAUUUUUUAUCCUAUUUGAGUACUUGAAACUGUUUUUUUUGUCUGUAACAGUCUGCAUCAAAACUACUAUAUGUCAAUAAGAUAAUAUAAGAAGUGUAAAAUACUGUAUUAACAUCCAUCUGACAGUUAAGGCAGUAUAGUCUCCUAUCUUUGUUCCACCCUGCCAAAAGACCUAAUGAGAGCCAUUCCAGCAAAGAACAUGUGUCUAUUAUUUUCUCUGAAAUAAAUAAGUGGAGUAGAAUAAUAUAUAAGGACACUGUGUGGAAAGAGUGAUAAAAGACAAAUAGAAAUGCUUCUCCACUGUCUGAUCUAAUGACUGUUUAUGUGAACUGACUUUUUAAACUCUAAUGUGAUGAUGCCCCCUUGUGGCUAAAAAAAAAGAAGUUCUUGCCUCUGGUUUAGCUGACCCACAUCAUUCCUGGUUACUCUCUCACUGUAGAGAGAACUGUGAAUCUGGAUAUAGAAUAUUUUUCAUUUAGCCAUAUCAAGCAAAAGAUCAAUAAAUAAAACAACAUUAAAACGUGUGUCCUUUGUAAUAUGUUUGAAUUGAUUGUACUUUUCUUUUUCCUGAAAGGUUUGAUUAUUCAGCUAUUAUUCAGAAUUGUAUUCUGGCAUUUGUUUAGCCUAGCUCUCAUCAGGCAAAAGGACAGUUACAGUGAGACCAGACUGCUAAUGCAUUACAACAUCACAAAUAGUUAAACAAGAAAAAAGGCACAUAGAUAAUUUAGUCUUUGUCUCUCUAAGAGGAAGGUAAAGUGUUCAAAAAAAGAUACAUUGUACAUGUCAUAAAACCCCAACAUCAAUAAACUCUACACAGGAUUAAAAUGAGGAAUUGUAAUGAUCUAAGGCAUCACCACACAUUCGUAACAAAUACUUUUCAGUUUUUGUAUGUGGAUUUAUUCUAUCAUUGUACAAGCUACUGUACUUCAAAACACAGCAACACUGGUCUUCCAAAGUUGUAGUAGUAGUAGUAGUAAUAAUAAUAAAUAACUCAAAGUCUAAGUAAGAUACAGUAGUAGCUGUCAAAA